CCCUCCAUCCAGCGAAUGAGCUCCAGCCGCGGAGAGAGAAAGAAUCCGCGCCCAGCCUCAGUCCCUCCUCCUCGGCUUGAAACAGACGUGCAGCCCGCAGCUCUCAGUAUGGACGUCCGACAGUGCAGCAAAGUGACCAAAGCGCUUCUCGGCGUGUUGUGUUCGGUGUUCAUCCUCCUGGAUGUGACCGCAGGAGGAGGUGGAGAGGGGAAAAGGGACCAGGAGUGUUACAACUACGCCGGAGGGCACGUUUACCCGGGAGAGGCUUUCCGCGUUCCCGUCUCAGACCACUCUCUGCACCUCAGCAAGGCGAAAAUCUCCAAGCCUGCGCCACACUGGGAGGGAACAGCCGUCAUCAAUGGAGAGUUUAAAGAGCUGAAACUGUCCGACUACAAGGGCAAAUACUUAGUCUUCUUCUUCUAUCCUCUGGACUUUACGUUCGUGUGCCCCACUGAGAUCAUUGCGUUCAGUGACCGAGUGCACGAGUUCCACGCCAUAAAUGCAGACGUGGUGGCCUGUUCUGUCGACUCGCAGUUCACACACCUGGCCUGGAUCAACACUCCCAGGAAGCAGGGUGGUCUCGGACCAAUGAAAAUCCCCCUCCUGUCUGACCUCACGCACCAGAUCGCCAAGGACUAUGGAGUCUACCUAGAGGACCAGGGCCACACGCUCAGAGGUUUGUUCAUCAUCGAUAAUAAAGGAACACUUAGACAGAUCACUAUGAAUGACCUGCCGGUUGGACGCUCUGUCGACGAAACACUCAGGCUGGUUCAGGCCUUCCAGUACACGGACAAACACGGAGAAGUUUGUCCGGCUGGCUGGAAGCCUGGCAGUGACACGAUUAUUCCCGAUCCCUCCGGAAAACUGAAGUACUUUGAUAAGCUGAACUGAUUUGCUGUGUGUUUGUGUUGUGGGUUUGUACUCGUGUGCAAAGCACAGAAUAAACGGAGGGUUUUGAUAGAA